CUUUUGAAAUAAAGAAAUGUCAGAAGAAUAAAAUUCAAUACUAACAACAAUUAAGUAUUACAAAAGUAUUUUAAAAUUUCCAUCUUUUCCAAAAUAAUAUUCAGAAUUAGAUGAGACUUAGGAAUAGAAUGAACUUUUCUUUUGUAAUUCUAAAUAGAGAAAGGAGGAAAGCUUAAAACUUUUAAAAGAAUGGGCUUAGAAUAGAAUGGAAUUAUUUGAAAAGAAUAGAGAAGUAGUGGAAGAAUUAGCUAAUUCUUGUGACUAUAGAAUACGAUUAUCUGUAGAUUUUCUCUAAAUAGUUUACAAAUUUUUUAAUGAGAAAUAUUUCCAUGAAUAAUAAUAUGCUUAAUUUCUGAUAACAAAACCUUAAGUUGCAUUGAAAUAGAAUCCAUUAAAUCAAUUAUUAUAUUCUGGAAUAGGAUCUUCAAUAUCAACAUUUGAAGAAUAUAAUUUAAAAAGAUUAGAAAAAAUAGCAAACUUUGCCCAUACAAUAUAAACAGAAAUAUUAAAAGCAUAAUCAUUUAAUGAGUUAAGUGAUAUGGAUAGAUAAUUAGAUUUACUUUUAAGUUCAAUAAUCACAUAAAAGAAGUUGCUUUAAAAUUACAUAACAUCAGCAGGUUAGAAAUUAAAUUUAAUAAUUUAAUAAUUUCCUCAAAAUAAUACAUCUUAAAGAUAGAGAAAACCAAUUUUUGAUGAUUAAUAAUAACAAUAAUAAUAAUAAUAAUAACCAUAGUAAAGUAGAACUGAUAAAAUAUUAUAAAAUAUCUCUGCAUUAGGAACUUUAUUAGUUGGAGCAUAAUCUUUAUAAGAUCCAGUAGAAAUGGAACUUAAUUAAUAGAUGAAAGAUCAAGAAAGAUAAAUAAGAGAAUAAUAAUUAAAAGAGGAAUAAAGUUUAAGUAAUGGAAGUGAAUUAUAACAAGAAAAAUAGUAAAAAGAAGAAUAAUAAUAAGAAACAAACACUAAUAAAUAAGAGGGAUAAGUAGAUCAAUAAAUAAAAAAUGAAUAGAAAGUAGAGAAUCAAGAAUAAUUAGAAGAAAAUUAAACAGAAUAAUAGAUUGAAUAAUAAUCUUAAUAAGAGAAAUUAUCUUAGAAACAACCUGAAACUUUUAGUGGUGCAGAAUAUUAUAAACAAUAAUAACAAUUAAAAGAACGAUAAUAAUUUGAUUAAAAUAAAAUGAGAUCUAAAAAUUAUUAAUCUUAAACAUAGCCAAAUAUUCAACAAUAAAUUAGACAUGAGGAUGAUGGAAGAAAAUAAUCUAAUUAACCAGUUGAUCUUUAUAGAAUUAUUAUCAGUUUUGUAGCUACUUAAUAGUAUGCAAAUAAAUUAUUAAAUUAAUUGGCUGAAAAAGUACUAUAAUAUUGGAAAUAAGUAUAUCUCAUUAAUGUAUUUAUUAGGUUGCUGCUAUAGAAUAAAAGCGUGCAUAAUGGGCUAAAGAUUCAUGUUUAAUCUAUUAAAAAGGAAUGGCAGAAGUACACAAUUUAUAAGUAGAAUUACCUGAAUUAACAAUCGAUGUUGACUAACAUUACAACUUAAAGAAAUUAUUACCUAAAGAAAUAGCAUAAUUUGAAGAUGGUCAUUAAGAUGAAUUCAUUUCAACUUUAGUUAUAAAAGAAAUUGGAUGUUAAGCAGCAAGAUUGUUAUUGGUUAAGGAAUUCAAAGUCCAUGUUAUUGAUAAAAAUAACGAAUUAUAAGCUAUUUUAGUAUUAACUAUAGAUAAAUAUGUUGGUUGUUGGUUAAAGCAUGAUGAUACCAUGGAAGGUAAUCAUAUUUUAAUUUUAGCUGUUGACAAUCCUGUUCUACAUUAUCCUAUUAAUGGCAUGGCUAUUUAGAAAGUUAAUGAAUUAACAUUAGAUAUUAUGCCUUCUAGACAUUUAUUGUUUUUGAAUGUAAUCAUAAUUAUUUAUUAUUAGAUUGCGAAUGAUAGAUAAAAAAGUAAAAUUAAGUUUCAAACAGCUGAUGACAUGGAAGAAUUUUGUACGAUUUCAUAAGCAAAGGGUUGA